GAGGGAGACACCAGUGGAUGGGGACUGGUUCUGCUGUGGGGAGUUGUUAGACGGUAACGCCAGUGGUGGGGGAAGUGAUUAGAGCAAGGAUACUAGAGGAGUUCUUUGGAUUAGAGGGAGGCGCCGGCUCUCGCCUUUCCUUCUCCACCACCGGCACUCGCCCUCCUGCAGCGCUGUUAACAGCGGCAACAACAACCAGCACCGCCCUCCCCUUCACCCCCGGGACUCGCCCUCCUGCAGCGCUGUUGGUAGCAGCAGCAGCAGCAGCAGCAACAACCAAAGAUUAUAGAGCAGAGCAGAGCUCUAUAAUCUUUGGCAGCAGCAACAACAACAACUAGCGGCGGCCUCUUCUCCGGGGACCCGGCGGCGACGCUGCUGCUGCCCAGCCAUGGGGUGCUGCGGGUGCGGCGGCGAGGAGGGCUCAGAUCGACAAUGGAAGCCUCUGGAACAACGCAGCUGCACGGAUGUACUGUGGCUACUGAUAUUUAUUCUGUUCUGUGUUGGCAUGGCUAUCAUUUGUGGCUUUGCUAUAGCAUCUGGAGCUGCACAGAGGCUGGUAUUUGGUUAUGAUAGCUAUGGAAAUAUUUGUGGUCAUAAGAACACAAAAAUUGAAGACAUUGAAUUGAGCGGUUAUGAUCUUACAGACAGAAAAAACGUUUUUUUCUUCGAACCAUGUAAUUGGGAUACGCUGAACUUUAAAAUCAAGUCAGUAGCGUUAUGUGUGAAUAAGUGUCCGGAUAUGGAUCUUAACUCAAUCGAGGAUGUUCGCAAUUUUGCCAAAAAUAAUGGUUCUUAUCUGUGCAAAUAUGAUCUGAAAGUAACUGAGUACACAUCAAGAAAUUUGAAGUUUUGCCCCAAGCUUCCUGUUAAAUCGAGUAAACCUAUUCCAUUCUUCCAUCGUUGUGUCCCAAUGGAUAGUGGCUGCAAAAAUAUUAAGGCCCUGGCCACCUUCGUCAGUUACAAUAGUGUCUUGCAGAGGGUGAUUACUGGAGUAAUGACCAGCAAAGAAAUUAUAGUGGGACUUUGCUUAAUGUCUCUAGUUUUGUCGAUGUUGUUGAUGGUUAUAAUCAGAUACAUCUCCAAAGUGCUCAUUUGGAUCCUUGCAAUUCUCACCAUCAUUGGUUCAAUUGGUGGUACAGCUGUCCUUUGGUGGUUGUAUGCUGAUCAUAAAAAGUCACAUGAAGUAGACGACGAGGUGGCAGCAGAUAAUGUUAAAGCCUUAUUAGUGUAUGCCAUUGUAGCAACAGUAAUCACGGUAAUUUUACUGCUGUUAAUGCUAAUAAUGAGAAAGCGUGUGGCCCUUACAAUAGCCUUAUUCCAUGUGGCAGGGAAAGUGUUCAUUCACAUUCCACUUCUCAUUUUUCAAUCACUCUGGACAUUCCUUGCCUUGGCAUUUUUCUGGGUCUAUUGGAUUGCCGUGCUCUUGUUACUGGCCACAGCAGGCAAUCCUGAAAAAAAUGUUGACGGUUCUGUCGAGUUUAAGGUCUCUGGUCCUCUACAGUAUACUUGGAUUUAUCAUCUAGUUGGUCUCAUUUGGAUCAGUGAGUUCAUACUGGCCUGUCAACAGAUGACUAUAGCUGGAGCUGUAGUAACUUAUUAUUUUACCCGGGACAAGCAUAACCUGCCAGCAACGCCAAUCCUUUCUUCCAUGUGUCGGCUGGUAAGAUAUCAUCUGGGAACCGUAGCCAAGGGUUCCUUCAUCAUCACUUUGGUAAAGAUCCCACGAAUGAUCCUUGUGUAUAUUCACAGCCAGCUCAAAGGCAAGGAAAAUGCUUGUGCAAAGUGUAUGCUGAAAUCGUGCAUGUGUUGCCUCUGGUGUUUAGAAAAGUGCCUGCUCUAUCUCAAUCGGAAUGCAUAUAUAGCAUCAGCCAUAAAUGGUACCAGCUUCUGCACAUCCGCCAAGGAUGCUAUCGUGAUUCUGGUGGAGAAUGCACUGAGAGUGGCAGCAAUUAAUACAGUUGGCGAUUUUGUGCUGUUACUGGGAAAGCUCCUUAUCGUGUUUAUCUCAGGUUUUGUUGGUAUAAUUCUACUCGACUAUCAGCGAGAUUAUACGGUGUGGGUCCUGCCACUUAUCAUUAUUUGCCUGUUUGCCUUCUUCGUGUCACAUUGCUUCUUGUCCAUUUAUGAGAUGGUGGUGGAUGUCCUUUUCCUCUGCUUUGCGGUUGACUGCAAAUACAAUGAUGGGAGUUCUGGACGAGAGUAUUACAUGGAUAAAGGUUUAAUGGAAUUCAUGGAUGAUAGCAAGAAAGCAAUGCGAUCUGCCACUGGUAAUGUGGCUGAAAUGAGAUCAAUGGCCUCUGGAGCUGGUAACGCUUGAUUUCAGGAUAUCUGUGGAACGCAGGCAAUACAUCACCUUUGUACCUUUGUGCAUUCCUAUUAACCCACAAAAGAGAAGGGAGUUUAAUAAUGUGUUUGGAGGUUAAUUUAAUUUUAACCUUUUCUAAUUAGAAUGUUGCCAAUUUGCAGUAACAUGGAACUUGUUCAAAGCUGGGUUUAGCUGUAUGACAGAAAAUGUAUAUUAACAUGCAGAGGGAGAAUCGUAUAACCAUUUACUGCUUUGGAAAGUGACCAUUUUUGUAACAUUUUGCUUUAUAGAUAUUAUAAUCAUGCACUCAUUUUGAAUGCAGAACCUGCAGGAUAUUUUAUAUGAAAGCGGUGCUGUAGUACUUUUUAAAAUAGCAUAACGAUAUUUUAAAUAUUUGCUUCAUUUGGCUUGCGUAGCACUUUGCAGUCCUGUUGCAACAUUCCUUUGAAACUGCUAUGCUAAAAAAACUCAGGAUGAAACUGUCACCUUUCUAUAACUUGUCAGGGAAACUAUUAAACCUUGGGUUUCUAUAAAUGGAUGUAACUAAAUAUAGUAUGCGGGGAUGUUUUGCAUGCAGGAUGAAAGAUUGGUCACAGAAUGUGUAGACUUGAAUCUGGGCUUUACUCGGCUCCUGCUGCGGGGAUCAUUCAACACGAAGAUGAACACUAGAGAUCAAAAAUAUUUUGUUUGUUAUUUGGCCUCCAUUGAGAGAGCUGACCACAACUAAGAAAGUAGAUGAGGCCCAUAGUUAUCAUUGGUGCCUCUGAGUUAGAGGUUGGGAGAAUGAUUAGUUGUCUUUUGAUUGCUGGUUGUCACCCAGAGACCCAGAGGAAGGAGCUUAUGGAUGUUGGACAAGUUUAAUUGGAUGAUGUAGCUUGCCCUCAGAUGCCUGAGGAACUAAAUCCUAUCAGGUCUAGGGAAAGAAGAUUUGUUUUAAAAAUACAACAGCAAAUAUCAUUUGGGAAAGUGCUGAACUUGCACAUUUUAUUUAUAUUGCCACUUGGUAAGUAGAGUGAGGUGGAGCUGUGGGAGAGCUGGCAGUUUGGGGCGAUGGAGUUGGAUGUGUUGGGAGAUGGAAUGAUAGCCAUAAAGUUUGCAAUAAUGAAUGGAAAUAGUGGAGAUAUUGAGGUCAUGCAGCAUCUCUGGGGAUCACUGCCUGACCUGAGUUUAUCCAAUAUUUUCCGUUAAAUGCAAAUUUGGUUUAGAGCUAGAUGACGGUUGAGCCAUUAUUAAGAUCAAAUUCAAUUUACUUUAUCAUCUAAAGUGGGUUUUGUUCCCUCUUAGUUUCCAAGACAAUAAUGCAAAAAAAAAAGUCACAACCUAUGUUGCAACGUCCAUAACGCUUACUUGAAAUGAUCAGGUCUUUGAAUUAUAGGUUUCUUGACAUUGCUCCUAACUCAGCUGAUUAGUCAGUCUAGGGCUCUGGAGUUUAUUAGAUUGCCAGAGUCAAGUCACUGUCUGUGUUGUGAGUAAAAUUAUAUUACUGGUACCCUGAUAAGUUGAACCAGCACUAUUAGUGUGUUGUAAGGCUUUAGCUAGGAUGGCUGGUACAAAAUCCAUAGGGUCAUAUGCAUUGUGCACCUAUCUAUCCUAUAAUGCAGUGUCUCCUGCAGCGAAAUCUUAAACUUACUGAAGGACGUUGUAGUUAGCCUUGUUAAUCAUGUUCAGAAUCUGCUACUUCAUUCCUGCCAAUCCAAUCACAAUUGUCCUAUGAAUACAUAUAAUCAUUAGAAAACCAAUAAGUACUGAACAAAAUGGUGAGAAUCAUUUUGAUAGAAGAUAAGAGAUAAAGCAAAAUUAGACGUCGUAGAAAUCUGAAACAGAUUUAAGAUGGUUGUCCAAAGAGAAGAAAAGUAUAGAAUAAAUAAAUGCAUUUGUAAUAAAUAAAGAGUAAAUUGUAAUAAAUAAAGAGUAAUAAAUAAAUACAUUUGUGGGGAAGCUGGACACGCACAUGAAGAAGGUUACACUGGUAGAUUUAGACAAGGCUAUACUAGAAAGGGCUUGAAUGGAGCAUUAACAGGUUAAUUGCCUGCUUCCAUGUUAUACAUCCUAUGUAAUCAAAUAUACUCGGGGCUUUAUAAGGAUUUAGUUAAUUUUUAGUCAUUUGCAUACGAUUCCAAAAUUGUAUUGUAGAUCCUUUUCAAAAAGGAAGAGAUGCAACAACUGCUGCACUGUAUUAAUGCAACUCCAAAGUGAAUUUGUAAUAACUGACAUAACCUUACUCUAGUUUUCUUUUCUCUUCAUUUGUAUUGCUGGGAAUUGGCGUCACUUGUUGCCAUAGUAAACCAUUGAUUGUUGCUGCACUUUUGAAGCAAAAGCUGAAUGGUUGAUAAAAAUGCGUGAAAACUAAAUUAUCUAUCUGUACUGUUCAUCCAUCUUUUGUGAAUCAGAUGCCCAGUCAGUUCAUUGUGUACCCUUGAUGAAAUUGGAUUUUUUUUUUUUUUAAAUUGGUGAUAAAACCUUUGGUUUAAAGGAAGUUUCAAAACAACUUUUUAAGGGACCAAACUGAAUUGACUUCCAUGCUAACUUUUUUAUUUAAAAUUUUUAAUCACAAAACUUGCUGACUUCAUAUGGUAGUGACUUGAGUCAAAUAAUCAUGUCUGUAGUUGGCGAAAAUUUGAAGGGUAUUUGACCUGUAUCUAGGUCCAUUGAAAUAUUUUGUACUCUGUAAGCUGUCUGGUCUACUUUCAUGGGUUCUUGCAAUUAUAAAGCCAUGAGUUUAAAACAUAGUAUUCAAAGUCUGUUACCAUGUUCAUUAAAACACCUGGAAUACGCUAUUGACCAAAUAGUUGGAAAAUGCUCAGGGUGAGUUCUCUUCAAUGUGCCAUUGGCAAAUCCUACAGAGAAUUGUGUUGUGUAUUUCUUGCAUUGGCUGUUGUCUGCUGUCACUAGCUACUGUACUCCACUAACUGAGAUUUUUUUAAUAUCAUGUAGUUGAUUCCUGAUGUAUCAUUUUUUUAAUAUUUGUAUAUUAAAAUUUUAAUAAAAUUGC